AUGUCCCCCCUACAGCGUCCCCGGCCAUCUCCUCUGGCCGAUGCCGGCAUCCGUCUUCCGGGUUCCGUUCCCUGCGAGUGUCGGGACGUACGGGGACGUACGGGGACGUACGGGGGAUGGAAAUUUAAAAGUUUUAAUAAAAUCUCAUAGUAUAACAUUACUUUAUUAAACCAUUUCACAUACAUUUUGUCCCUACUGCUUUGUCCUGUGCCCUGCCUGCAUUUUGACUGUUCUUUCUGCCUGGAAACUGAGAAACGUCUAUGGCGUCCAAAAAGCGUCCCUUUAGGUCAAAAGCGGUUUUAGACCAGCUAGAGAACAGCGAUAAUAAAUUAGAACCACUUGCAGAAUUGA